GCCUAGACCACUCCUCGGCGGAUCCGGACCGCGAACUCACUCAGCUUUCAGAAACCGAAGUGUGAACACGCGCACCUCACUACCGGGAGCUAGCCUGCCUCAACGGAAUUUGCCGUUCGUUUCGUGCUCUAAAACCACAAAAAAGCAUCCUUUAAAAGCAACAUGUCGAAGAUCGGAAUCAACGGAUUCGGCCGCAUCGGUCGCCUGGUGCUCCGUGCCUCGAUCGCCAAGGGCGCUCAGGUCGUGGCCGUCAACGAUCCCUUCAUCGGUGUCGACUACAUGGUCUACCUGUUCAAGUACGACUCGACGCACGGUCGCUUCAAGGGUGAGGUGUCCGCCCAGGACGGUAUGCUGGUCGUGAACGGCCAGAAGAUCGCCGUCUUCCAGGAGCGCGACCCGAAAGCCAUCCCGUGGGGUAAGGCCGGCGCUGAGUACGUCGUCGAGUCGACCGGUGUGUUCACCACGAUCGAUAAGGCAUCGGCCCAUUUGGAGGGUGGCGCCAAGAAGGUCAUCAUCUCGGCCCCGUCCGCCGACGCACCGAUGUUCGUUGUCGGUGUCAACCUGGAGGCGUACAACCCAUCGAUGAAGGUCGUCUCGAACGCGUCCUGCACGACCAACUGCCUUGCUCCGCUGGCUAAGGUCAUCGACGACAACUUCGGCAUCCUGGAGGGUCUGAUGACGACGGUCCAUGCCACCACCGCCACCCAGAAGACCGUCGACGGUCCGUCCGGCAAGCUGUGGCGCGAUGGCCGUGGUGCUGCUCAGAACAUCAUCCCGGCUGCGACUGGUGCCGCGAAGGCUGUCGGUAAGGUCAUCCCGGCGCUGAACGGCAAGCUGACCGGUAUGGCGUUCCGCGUCCCGACCCCGAACGUGUCCGUCGUCGAUCUGACCGUGCGCCUGUCCAAGCCGGCCACGUACGACCAGAUCAAGCAGAAGGUGAAGGAGGCUGCCAACGGUCCGAUGAAGGGCAUCCUCGACUACACCGAGGAGGAGGUCGUAUCGACCGACUUCGUUGGUGACUGCCACUCGUCCAUCUUUGACGCCAAGGCUGGCAUCCAGCUGAGCGACACGUUCGUCAAGCUGAUCUCCUGGUACGACAACGAGUACGGUUACUCGAACCGUGUCGUCGAUCUGAUCAAGUACAUGCAGACCAAGGAUUAAACAUCUUCCUGGGAGCGCAGCAAGAAAGAGAGUCCCUGCGUGCUAUAAUACAGCGCUGCGCGAGUGUGGGUGUGUGCUGGUGUGAGGGGGUUACGCCAGGACGAAAUCAUUCCCGGCGGCCACACCACGAUCGUUGAUAAUUAAACACGGAGCAGGUCGUGUGUCCAUCCAUCGGGGCGUAGAGAAUCUUUUCCGUUCCAUUCUUUUCUCACCGGAUGCGUCUGUUAUCCUCUUGCUAUCCUUUCUGUGGUAGCCAGCAGGACCAACAUGGCACCGUUUGAUAGGAAUGGAAAAUAGGAUUAAUCAAAAGCGGGAAUUCUAAAGUCAUUUUGGCACGUGUCACACCCUACUCCCCAUAUCAUCGAGCGUAGAAAGCUGCCGGCGAAUAAUUAGUCAAACAUCAAAUGUCCCGUGUAGCGCCUCCACAUCGUAUAGUGAUCUUUGUUUCCUUCUAUUGCUGCCGAUCGUCAUCCUUUGUGAGUUUGCAUCCCCACCGGUUGGGAGAGAAUCCUUCUGGGUGACUUUCGCGUGAGGAUUGAAUGGAAUAAGGACUCACCAGAACACACACGCACGCCCGCAACACGCUAUCUCCGCUGGCGUAAAUUAUUAUAGUCGUAGGUCGAACGUAAUGAAAACGAUUCAAAGAUCGCCUCGUCGUUAUACAUAUUUGUUGCAUGUAAUGAACAAAAUUAACUACACAAACGUACAGACAAACAAGCCACAUAACACACUGACAGUAAACACACAUACACGCCCACAUUUUACAUGCAGAAAUCCAAUGUUCUGUUUAGUUGGUAAGGAUUAAUGAUAUAAAAAAACAAUAAAUUUAACUGCUAAAGCGUUACUAGAACCACA